CUUCUGGAUAAUAUAGAAAGGCAAUUAUAAAAACAAUCACAAAAGUAAAUAAACAGAUCUACUCAUUUAAAAAUAAUAAAUGCACAAUGAGUAUGUGCCGGGUGUGCUUGCAUGAAGGCAAGGCAGAAGCUAUAGCAAUUAUUGAAAUAUUUAACAAUCGAUCAGUAGCAGAAAUUGUCAAUUUUUGUGCUGGAAUUGAGAUAUCCACUCAAGACAGUCUUCCUCAAACAGUCUGUUCGCAAUGUCUAGAAUCACUAAUCUUAGCCUGUAAUAUAAAAGAAAUGUGCAUUAAUUCAGACAUAAUUUUGAAACAGCAAAUUAAGUCAAUUAAGGAUGAAGAAUUAUUAAAUUCUGAAUUGAAAUGUGAAGCUAGACUUAAUUUUGAUUCCAAUAUAUUUAAUGAUGAUUGUGAUAGAAUUGGAACUGAUUUUAAAUCCAAAAGUUUUCAUCAAGAACAAAAACUAGUUUCAAAUGAAACUGAAAUCAAAGAACUUUCAGUAUAUAAAUUUCAAAAACAAAGCGAUUUUUCACAUCUAGAAAAAAAAUCAACUCCCACCAAGAAGUCAAGGUCCAUUCAUAAAAGAGAACCCCAACUGCCAUUCAAAUGCUACCUUUGUGAAUUAGAAUUUAGAUACAGAAAAGACAAAUUCGAGCAUCUUGAGCUAUUCCAUACAACAGAUGAACUAAAAUGCAAAUUAUGCAAGCACAAAUCACAGACUGCUAGAGGAUUAGACAAUCAUCUAAUGGUCCACGAGAAUCCUGACUUGUUAUUUCACAUGUGCCAUAUUUGUGGAAAGAAAAAUUAUCAAAAAGCUUGUGAGCUAAGACGUCACAUUAAAUUAGCUCAUGGCGACAAGACAAAACGUUUAAUUAAUUUUUAUUGUGAUAAUUGUGAUUUUAAAACAUUCUCAAAGAUGAAUAUGAAGCGACAUUUGAGUACGAUUCAUUUAAAAAUUAAAGCUUAUGGAUGCCAAUUCUGUCCUGAUAAGAAAUAUACAUCAAAAAUUACACUUGAUCAGCACAUGAUAUCCAAACAUGGUCAGGAAACGGAAUUCAUUUGUCAGUGCUGUAAAAGAAAAUUUCCAACAAUGUCAUUUUUAAGAAGUCAUUUAAAAUCGACAUGUUCUGGAAGUCCUGGCUCUGUAAGAGAACGUGCUGAUCCUAAUGCAUAUAGAGAGCCUUUAUAUGAUGAAUUAGAUCAUUAUAGAUGUAAACUUUGUGGAUUGGUUUUCGAAGGAAAAGGCAAAAUUUCUCAGCACUAUGCACAGAGGCACAAACAUAAUAAUUCUUGUAAUUUAUGUGCUGCAACCUUUAAUAGCUACUCAAAUUUAAAGAAACAUAUCCAAAUACUUCAUAAUAAAAUUCAUAAAUACAACUGUAGUUAUUGUACAAGAUCGUUUGGACAGAAGAAUCAACUGCAGUCUCAUAUAAAUACUCAUACAGGAGACAAACCAUUCCAGUGUAAAUUUGACUGUUGUGACUUUAGAAGUGGCGAUUUAUCAGCUGUAAGCAAGCAUCAGAAAAAAUGUGGAAAUAAUCCUGCCAAUAAAUAUUAAAAUUAUAUUGAAGAAAAUUAAAA